AUGUCUUCUCUUUCCCGUCGAGCUUGCUACAAAUGUGGCAACGUUGGCCACUACGCCGAGGUCUGCUCCUCUACUGAGCGGCUUUGCUACAACUGCAAGCAGCCCGGCCACGAAUCCAAUGGCUGCCCUCUUCCUCGCACCACCGAGGCUAAGCAGUGCUAUCACUGCCAGGGCCUCGGCCACGUCCAGGCCGACUGUCCUACUCUUCGCCUGAGCAGCAACCCCACCAGCGGCCGCUGCUACAACUGUGGCCAGCCUGGUCAUCUUGCUCGCGCUUGCCCCAACCCCGUUGGCCCCAUGGGCCGCGGCGCUCCAAUGGGCCGCGGCGGAUUCGCCGGCGGAUUCGCCGGACGCGGCGGGUUCGCAGGCGGACCUCGCCCUGCCACUUGCUACAAGUGCGGUGGUCCCAAUCACUACGCUCGUGAUUGCCAGGCUCAGGCCAUGAAGUGCUAUGCCUGCGGCAAGCUUGGUCACAUUUCUCGCGACUGCACGGCCCCCAACGGCGGUCCUCUCAACACUGCCGGCAAGAGCUGCUACCAGUGCGGCGAGGCUGGUCACAUCUCCCGCGACUGCCCUCAGAAGAAUGCCAACGGCGAGAUGGCCCCCAAGGUCGAUAUUGGCAGUGUUCCCACUGCUGCCGCUCCUGUGGCUCCCAUCGCCCCGGUGGCAUAA